UCAGUUGUGCAAUUGUGUUUAGUGUUUGAUUCUCUUUGAGAUUUGGAGAACAUUACAGAUGGCAGUUCCUGUGAUUGACAUAAAGAACAUUGAUGGAGGAGACAGGAAGGCCAUUAUGGCUAAAAUAGCAGAGGCUUGUGAGACUCCUGGAUUCUUUCAGCUUAUAAACCAUGGGAUCGACCAUGGUCUGAUGGACCGUGUGAAGGAGGUGUGCUCACAGCAAUAUAAGAUUAACAGAGAGCAAAACUUCAAGGAUUCUUCACCAGUAAGAGCACUGAAUAAAGCCAUUGACGCUCAAGCGAAAGAAAACAAUGUUGCAAAGAUUGAGAAUAUAGAUUGGGAGGAUGUUUUUCAAGUGCAUGAAAUGAAGGAGACAAAUUCCUGGCCUUCUGAACCCAAAAAUUUCAAGGAGACAAUUGAGGAGUUUCGUAGCCAGAUAUUUGCACUCACAGAGAAAUUGUUGGAAAUAAUAAGUGAAAAUUUGGGGUUGGAGAAAGGAUAUAUUAAGAGGGUAUUUGCAGGGGGAGAGAAGCCAUUCUUUGGCACCAAGGUGAGCCACUAUCCUCCCUGCCCUAGGCCAGACCUCAUAAGGGGUAUCCGUGCUCAUACAGAUGCAGGUGGUCUCAUUCUUUUGUACCAAGAUGAUGAGGUGCCUGGUCUUCAAGUGCUCAAUAAUGGUAAUUGGGUUGAUGUGCAACCUCUACGUUACUCAAUAGUUGUCAACAUAGGUGAUCAAUUAGAAGUAGUGAGUAAUGGAAAAUAUAAGAGUGCAUGGCAUCAAAUUCUACCAACAAAGGAUGGAAACCGGUUAUCAGUGGCAUCCUUUUAUAAUCCAUCAUAUAAUGCGGUGGUGAGUCCUGCACCUCAACUCACUACUCAACUGAAUGGCAACACCACUCAUGAAUUAUCUACUUAUCCAAAGUACCUAUUUGGUGACUAUAUGAAUGUUUAUGUUGAGCAAAAGUAUGAAGAAAAAGAGCCACGCUUCGAAGCAAUGGGAGAGAUGAACGAACAAGUUUCUUACUAAAUGAAGAGUAUAUUCUAUAAAAGAAUAGCCAAUAAGCUUACCAUGUAGUAUCCAGAUAUGGUAUGGAGCAGUUUUCUUAUUAGAAUAAGUUCUUUAGGUCAAAUUUCUUGGUGAAAAAAAUAGUAAGAAUAAGAAAUAUUGAAAACAAUAUUUGGAAACUUGCAAAUGACCUAUGUAAUGACAUAUAUUUGAUUUCCAAGUAGUUUAGAAUCAAUGUUUGAUUUCAUUAUUCUAUAUGAU